UUCGCAAUGUGUUCUUAAUGUAUUAUAGAACACGACAAGAUUGACAUUUGUCUUUUUGUUUUCACGUGGAUAAGACACGCUGCGUUCCCGAGACAGCAUUCAUUUCCUAAUAUAGAAAUUCAGAACGCGGUGAACAAAAGUAUAGCAUUAUCAUGGUUCGCGUAAUUAGUCAGGAAACCUAUGACGAAGUUGUCCAUGAAAAUAUGGAGCAAUUUUCGAUGACUCCCGAAGAAGCUAUAGAAGACGCGGUAAAACAAUUAGAAGCUCAGGGUAUAGACUUGAGCAAUAUCAUUAAAGAUUUAAUUCUCAAUGAUGACAAUGAAUUAAUUACAUCUUGUUUAAAUCAAAUUAAUAUUGCUAUAGAGGAUCAAAAUUAUGGAAAUAUUCAUCAUACAUUAGACAAAUUGAGAAUUCAAUUAGACAAAGAUAUUGCACGUAGAGUAUAUGCAGGAAGAAAUGGGGCUUAUAAUAGUUUAAUAAAAUUAAUGAAAGCAUGCCUUAAUAAUGGUACAGUAAUAAAGGCAGCAUUGAAAACUAUUACUUCAUUGAUGACUGGUAAUCCAGAUUUAUUAAAUGACGAGGGAAUAGCAUUGCAAAUACAGAUUUUAGAUAAUUAUCCAGACAUUCCAACAUUACAGUGUCUUUUACGGUGGAUAAGAGAAUGUUGCAUAAAGCAUGAGAAUAAUAGACAAAAUAUUUUUAAUGCAGAUAUUUUUAAUAAACUUAAAAAAAUAUUAAUUCGAGAUAAUGCAUCUGGACCUGAGUUAAGAGAUGCUUGUGCUGUGAUUAGAGCUCUGGUGUUAGAUGAUGAUAUUAGACAUGAAUAUGGAAAAGCACACGAGCAUGCAAGUAUUAUUGCAAAGGGAGCCCUUAAUGUCCUUACUGGAUUGAUGCCAAGAUAUAAAAAAGAUAAAGGGGUUGUAGGUGAUUUAAUGAUAACUUUAGCAGCAUUAAUAGUGAGAAAUGAAUUUUGUCAAGAAGUAGAGGAUGCAGGAGGGUUAAAGUUUGUUAUAGAUGUCAUGAUCGAUUAUCCAGAUUCAGAGAAAUUAAAUUGGCAGGCUUUAAAAUUAUUAAAAGCUCUUGCUGGAAAUGAUAAUGUGAAAUCUCAUAUUGUAACUUCAGGCUGUGGCCCGUUAAUUGUUUCUGUCAUAAGUAGACUCAAAGAAUCUGAGUGUGUAGUGACCGCAGGACUUGCAUGCAUUUCCGCAUUAACACUGAGAUGUCCCUCAAACGCUGGUGUGUUUUAUGAUUGCGGAGCACCGCUUAUAAUCAUAGAUGCGAUGAAAGCUUAUUCUAAAAGCGUGAAUGUUUUGAAACAAGCUGCUUGGGCUAUUCGAAAUAUGUCUGUAAGAAAUAAGGCAGAAUGUUCAGAAUUUAUUACUCAUGGUGUAGAGGACGUUUUGACAAGUGCUCUUCAACAACAUGGUUCUAAACUCGAAAGUGACAUAAAGGCGGCUUUAAGAGACCUGGGAUUGAAAGUGGAAUUGAAAGAAGAAUGGACCGGAAAAGGUACAUCCUUAAACAAUGGAAUUAAUUAAUCACUAUCAUGUAUAUUUUGCAAAUAUUUCAAAUUUUUAUACAUCUUAUUUUGAAAAAUGAUAAAUAUACAUGUGAAAAACUAACGGCUGAUAUUAGUAUUUUUCGUAGCAAUACAUUAUAUGUAUUGUUUUUGUAAUUUGUUUUUUUUUAUAUAUAUAUAUAUAUA